AUGUUCGCCUGCUUCGCCGGUAAGGCGAAGGCGAGAGGCGGGUCGGGGCGCGGAAGGAUGCCCUCCCGCUCCGACAGCGAGCCGGCGCAGACGCACACCCCGAUCGAUCGGCUCCACAGCAAAGCAGAGGUAUUUCUGGGAGGUAUUCCGCGCGAGAGGCAUGCGGAGGCAGGCCAGCGCCGCUUGAACUGGCAGCGGAGCGAGGCCGUCCGCAACGCGGCUCCCGGAGCGGAAGCGUGGGGGGACAUCGAGUCGUCGCACGACAGCGACUCGAACUUCCUGCACGCUUCCACGAGUUUUACGCAGAGCCUCGACCACCAGCUGGCCCCAGCGCGCCCCGCUCGGCUGCGCGACGCGGACACGUACAGCAGCCUCACCCAGGGCAACACCGGGUGCACCUGGGCCGACCUGCUCUGCGAGGACGGCGCGUCCGCCCUGCGCAACGAGGACCCCUCCCGCUUCGACCCGCGGAUGCUCGGGCCCCUCGUGCCCUCCACCUGGCCCGGCGCCACCCGCCCCAACGAGCUGCAACUCGCGCCAGUCGCGCGCGACGAGGAGAGGGCGCUGGUGGCCGCGACGUCCCGUGAGGAGGGGGGGCUGGCGGCCAAGGGCAGCCGCUUCGCCGACCGCUACCUCGCGAACCCGUCGUUCAACAGCCAGCGCGGCGGCUGGGGCGCCCGGCAGCCGCAGCGGCACAGCUCGCUGCGUCAGGUGGCCCGCGACGCCAGUCGGACCAGCAAGGAUGCCGGCGGCGAGCGCGGCACGUGCGACGGGUACCGCGCCGUCGAGCACGGGGCCCGCCGGGAGGACACGACCGUCCCGGGGGACGCCGCCCCCGAGGGGGGGGUGUUUGCCGCUGCCGCGGUGUGCGGCCGCGGAAGCUGUCCGGGCGGGGCGCGCCCCUCGGCGCUCGCCUCCGGGGACUUCACCUCCGUCCGCGAGAUGAAGCACGCCGGCUCGGACGAGCUGCCGCCCGUGGACGAGCACGCCGUUCAGCCCGCUCUGGCGCAGAACUGCGCAUGA